CAGCGUUCUGCCAUUUACAAAACAGAAAGUAAAAGUGACAGAUAUCACUACUUCCCACACUCACUCAUCUCACUUCUACACGAUGAUCCCUCCGUUGGUGGUGGCUGUGGCGGUUGUCGCCGUUGCCGGGAUCCUCUGGAAGCUGAUCAUCAGCUCCGGCGAGAAUGAGAAAGGCGUCCGCCGACCGCCGGGGCCGCGGGGCCUGCCGCUCGUUGGGUACAUCCCGUUCCUCCGGGAGGAUCUGCACCGACAGUUCACGGAAUUGGGGCAGAAGUACGGGCCCAUCUACAGGCUCCGGCUGGGGAACAAGCUGGCGACGGUGAUCAGCUCGCCGGAGCUGGUGAAGGAGGUGCUCCGGGACAACGACACAAUCUUCUCGAACCGAGACAUAACGGUGGCGUCGCGGAUCGUCACCUACGACCUCAACGACGUGGCGUGGUCGCGGUACGGCCCUCUGUGGCGCAACCUGCGGAAGCUCUUCAACCGGGAGAUGCUGAGCCACGCGAAUCUGGAGGCGUCGUACAAUCUCCGGCGAGACAGGGUGAGGAAGACGGUGAGGGACAUCUACGCCAGGAACCGCACUCUCAUCGACCUCUAUGACGUGGCUCUGCAAGUCGACAUUGACGUCAUCAUCAACUUGAUUUGGGGCGGCAGGCUCGACGACGCCGGCCGGGACAAGAUUCUGUCGAGCCUGGCGCCGGUGGUCAGCGACAUCAUCGAUUCCAUGACGAAGCCUAAUCUCUCCGAUUUCUUCCCGCUUCUGGCGAGGUUCGACCUGCAGGGAAUCGAGAAAGAGACCCGCCGGCUUCUGCACAAGAUCGAGGAGAUCAUCGAGCACACCAUCGACGAGCGCAUCGAGAACCCCUUCAAGAAAUCGGAGGCGGAAGCCAUUGAAAAAGAGAAGCGUACGGACUUUCUGCAAAUCCUGGUGGACCUCAUGCUUAAGGAGAACAACGACGAAACCUUCGGCAAGACCCACGUCAAGGCCAUGCUCAUCGACAACAUUCUUGUGGCGGGAACAGACACGUCGGCGACGACGAUCGAGUGGGUGUUGACGGAUCUGAUCAAUCACCCAAAAGCGAUGGAGAGGGUGCAGGAAGAGAUCAAGAAAGUGGUGGGGAUGGACGCCAUUGUCGAAGAGUCCCACACCAUGAAAAUGGACUUCUUGGACGCCGUCGUGAGGGAGAGCCUCCGGCUCCACCCGAUAGGGCCCUUGCUGACUCCGAGGACCCCCAGCCAGACAGUGAGGAUCGGAGGGUACACGAUUCCCAAGGACUCUGCAGUGUUCCUCAACAUCUUCUCCAUCCAGAGGGACCCCAAGAUAUGGGAGAGCCCCACGGAGUUCCGGCCGGAGAGGUUCCUUGAAAGCGCCGGAAAAUUCGAUUUCCACGGCAACAACUUCCAGUACAUGCCGUUCGGGUCGGGGAGGAGGGUGUGCGCCGGAAUCCCGCUGGCGGAGAGGAUGGUGAAGUACAUAGUGGCGACGCUGGUGCACUCGUUCGACUGGAAACUCCCCGCCGGAAGGGAGAAGCUGGACAUGGCGGACAAGAUGGGGAUGGUGCUGAGGAAACGGUCGCCUCUCAAGGCCGUGGCCUGCGCCAGAUUGUCUAACCCUCAGCUCUACGCUUGAAUCCUUUCCUUUCUUCUACUGUACUACGUGCUGUGCUGUGCUGUGCUGCUAAUUACUCCAUAAAUAAUGAGCUUAAGCUUAAGGUCUGGUGUAUGAUUGGAUUUUGAAGGAAGAAGUAUUAACACGGAGGCGAAGGAUAUAAU